CUUCCCUUUGAAAUCUACCCCCUCCUUUUUUUUUUUUUUUAACCAGGUAUGAUGAUGUCAAACGUGAUGCUGAUGCUACAGUUACAGACACGGCCCCUGCUGGCGCAGCCUCUCUGAUUCUCUCUCCCUUUCCGCGUCCAGCGCUGGGCUUUUUCAGACAAGUGCAUCUCCUAACCAGGUCACAUUUCAGCCGCGACCCACUAUCCGUCUGUCACCGGAGUCAGACCGCAGGAGGAGGGCUGAGGAACACGACGUUUGCUUCGCUAACUGCAGGGUGAGAGGAAGGACAUUAAAAUACUGCAGAAGUCAAGACCCCCUAGGUCGCACCCAGACCACGAUGCGCGCCCCGGGCUGCGGGCGGCUGGCGCUGCCGCUGCUGCUCCUCGCCGCGGCCGCCCUGGCCGAAGGCGACGCCAAAGGGCUCAAGGAGGGCGAGACCCCCGGCAAUUUCAUGGAGGACGAGCAAUGGCUGUCGUCCAUCUCGCAGUACAGCGGCAAGAUCAAGCACUGGAACCGCUUCCGAGACGAGGUGGAGGAUGACUACAUCAAGAGCUGGGAGGACAAUCAGCAGGGAGAUGAAGCUCUGGACACCACCAAGGACCCCUGCCAGAAGGUGAAGUGCAGCCGUCAUAAGGUGUGCAUCGCCCAGGGCUACCAGCGGGCCAUGUGCAUCAGCCGCAAGAAACUGGAGCACAGGAUCAAGCAGCCUGCCCUGAAAGUCCAUGGAAAUAAAGACUCCGUCUGCAAGCCCUGUCACAUGGCCCAGCUUGCCUCCAUCUGCGGCUCUGAUGGCCACACUUACAGCUCGGUGUGUAAGCUGGAGCAGCAGGCAUGUCUGAGCAGCAAGCAGCUGACGGUGAGAUGUGAGGGCCCCUGCCCCUGCCCCACAGAGCAGGCCUCCACCUCCACCAUCGACGGCAAGCCGGCCGCAGAGACCUGCACAGGUCAGGACCUGGCCGACCUGGGGGAUCGGCUGCGGGACUGGUUCCAGCUCCUUCAUGAGAACUCCAAGCAGAACGGCUCAGCCAGCAGCGGAGCCAGCCCGGCCAGUGGGCUGGACAAGAGCCUGGGGGCCAGCUGCAAGGACUCCAUCGGCUGGAUGUUCUCCAAGCUGGACACCAGUGCCGACCUCUUCCUGGACCAGAUGGAGCUGGCCGCCAUCAACCUGGACAAGUACGAGGUCUGCAUCCGCCCCUUCUUCAACUCCUGCGACACCUACAAGGAUGGCCGUGUCUCCACCGCUGAGUGGUGCUUCUGCUUCUGGAGGGAGAAACCCCCCUGCCUGGCAGAGCUGGAGCGUAUCCAGAUCCAGGAAGCUGCCAAGAAGAAGCCAGGAGUCUUCAUCCCGAGCUGCGACGAGGACGGUUACUACCGGAAGAUGCAGUGUGACCAGAGCAGCGGUGACUGCUGGUGUGUGGACCAGCUGGGCCUGGAGCUGACCGGCACCCGCACGCACGGGAGCCCUGACUGUGACGACAUCGUGGGUUUCUCAGGGGACUUUGGGAGCGGUGUCGGCUGGGAGGACGAGGAGGAGAAGGAGACGGAGGAAGCGGGCGAGGAGGCUGAGGAGGAGGAGGGUGAGGCGGGCGAGGCCGACGACGGAGGCUACAUCUGGUAGAAGGCCCGCGGGGAGCCGGGGCAGGCCAGGGUGCCGACGGCUGGGGGAGAAGGGCCAGCACAGACCUGGACAGAAGCAGGCAGCGUACAGGUGGAUCCAGAAAAUACAGUUAGAAGGACCCUGGCUCCCAUGGGGAGGACUGGAUGUAUGAGUGUGCAUGACACACAUGUGGCCUGUACGGCCGGGACGUAUGAAUGAAUGUUUGUGUGUGUGUGUGUGUGUGUGGCAUGUGCUGCACGUGUCCUUGUCCACACUGCUCCUGGCAGAGUGAGGCACCCAGAGGCCCCUUAGACCUCCUUGUAGUUGUCUUCUUUCCAUUUGUUGUUGGUUUUAAAAUACACACAUUCAUACACCACAAGGUCAAAACUGAUGAAAUGAGAUUCCCCCUUGCCACAUCCCCUAGCCCCAUCCGGCCUCGCCCUGACUCCUUUGUCCUAAUUUGCUACCCUUGGCUCAACCAGCCCUGCCUCCUCCUACCCCGGCCUGCCCUUCUCCCUCCCCUUUCUGGGGUCAAGCUCUGGCCUGCAGGCGUGUCCGCAUUGCAGAGAGGAGGGAGGGCAGGGAGCUAUCUGCUGGCUGGGGGUCCUCCCGAAGCUGGGCCAGUUUGGCUGUGACACCCCCACCAGCCUCAGAUGAGCAGGGCUGGGACACCCACCACAGCAAGCCCCUUCCCUUUGUUGGGCUCCCAGCACUAGAGAAACUCUCCUAACCCAAGCUAGUGGGACCAGAGGUGGCCAAGAAGGAG